GAAAGAUAUAAAUUUCGGCAUAGGCAACAAGGCGAGGCCGAAAGUAUCGCGGAUUAUAUUGCAGUUUUAAAAAAGAUGUCGAAAACAUGUGAAUUUGGUACUGGAUUACAGGAAAGCUUACGCGAUCAGUUAGUUUGCGGAAUAAAAAGCGAGAUUAUACGUCAGCGCCUAUUUGCCGAGAAUAAGUUAGACUUCGCGAAGGCAUAUAACCUAGCAGUUAGCCUCGAAGCUGCUGAGAAAGAUGCGGCAAUGGUUGUGGGGAACGCGAAGGCGAGCGGUGAGACGAGCGCAGUAGAAUGCCAAGCGGUGUACAGCGGGCGCUCGCGGCGGCUCGCGGGCGCAGCUAGGGGACAGCGCGGGUGGCGCGCGGCGUCGCGCGGCAGGGCAGCCGCUGCGUCUAGUGGGCCGCGGUCACAGCAAGGGUGCCAAGCGUGUGGUGGUGCCCAUGAGGAGUCAGGAUGCAAUUUUAAGGCGUAUGUAUGCAGAGUGUGUAUGAGGCGGGGGCAUAUACGCCGGGUGUGUCCAAAUAUAACGCCGCAUAAUACAGUGGAUGUGACACAGUGCAACAAGCAAGCGGGACAGGACAGCGAUAGUGGUAGUGACGAGGUAAUUUUAAUUGACAUUAAUCAAGUUGAUAUCUCUGAAUGCAAGCCUAUAUAUAUCCCAAUCAUAAUUCAUAGUAAGGCAGUGAAAAUGGAGUGUGACACGGGAAGCGCAGUAUCUUGCGUCAGCGAGGACGUGUACAAUAGAUAUUUUGGAGGGUUACCUAUUAAGCAAUGUAGAUUAGCAUUAAGAUAUUAUACGGGCGAAAUUGUUAAGCCAAUCGGUGUUAUUACUCCGCAGGUAGAAUACAAGGGCACUAAAAAACUGUUAGAUUUAUAUAUUGUAAAAAAUGGGAAAUCGAUGCUAUUGGGAAGGCAAUGGAUAGCAGCCCUAGAUAUAAGCAUACAGAGUGUAACCGUACAGGAAGUACAUAACUUAAAUUCUUGCAACUUCGAUUUGAAUGUUUUCAGUUCCAGAUACUAUAAUGUAUUCGCGGAUGGUUUGGGACGAUUCACCGGCGAGCCGGAGCACAGGGUAAAAAUCGGCAAACACCACAUAAACUACAUAAAAGUGGGUCACGGACCCCACAGCUGCAUCCUCACUCCGGGAGGUCUCGGCACCAUAUGGACGAACUACAAGCCGCAAAUAGAAGGAUUCGACAGAAGCAAGUUCACGCUGGUGGUCUGGGACCCGCCGGGGUUCGGGAAGAGCUACCCUCCAGAGAGGGAGUUUACGUCGGACAGCUAUGGGAAUGACGCUGACACUGGCUACGAGCUUAUGAAGAUAUUAGGAAUUCCCAGGUUUUCAGUGCUGGGCUGGAGCGCCGGUGGCUCUGCCAGCCUGGUCCUCGCAGCCAAGCACCCUGAUGCUGUGAGGAAACUGGUGGUGUGGGGUGCGAACGCUUACAUUCUUCCCACUGAAAUAGCAGCCUACAGAAAAAUAGCAGAUGUUAACACUUGGGCAAAACAUCUGAGAGUUCCGAUGGUGGAAGUGUAUGGUAAAGAACGUUUUGCCCAGUAUUGGGCGCGAUGGGUUGACUGUAUGUCUGUAGCUUUGGAGGCUAAGAUGGACAUCUGUAGCGAGCAUUUGAAGAAUAUAAAAUGUCCAACAUUGGUACUGCAUGGAUGUAAAGACCCGCUUGUAGAUCCAGUACAUGCUCCGUAUUUAAUAGAGAAUAUAAAGAAAUCUGUAUUAUACAUAUAUACCGAUGGCAAACACGACAUACACAUCCGACACGCCGAGGAUUUUAACAAAAGAGUACAAGAUUUCUUAUUGGAACCUGCUAAAAAUGACAUCGAAUGCCACUAGCCGGAUUAUGUAAAGAUUGGACUUGAUUAAAAAAAAAACGACAUUUGUUUAUGUUGUUAACGA